ACAUCAGCAGAAAAUAAGUUCAGAAGAAGAAGAAAAAAAGAGAAGCGGUUGGGGCCCUGGCCAAAAGUUCAUUAACAAAACCAAUUGGACUUUUUUUCUCAUCUGUACGGGUCCCUCACCAGCAAUCAAAAUUUCGCCCAAAAGCAGACAAGAGGACCGGCCGGUCCUGACACGACUCGUCGGCAGGAAGCGGUUGAUCGCGGCUGGGGUGCUCGGCGUGGUCAUGGUCCUGGUGCUGGUGAUCCUGAUCCCGGUUUUGGUGAGUUCCGCCGGGACCUCCGCAGCGCACUACGAGAUGCUCGGCACCUGCAGGAUGGUUUGCGACACUUAUGGCACAAAAUCUCCGACCAGCACGGUCUCAGCAGACACGGUCCGGGACAGCAACCUAAUGCAGUCCUUACCAACUUUUAUACAAGGUCCGAAAGGUGAACCGGGGCGCCCGGGGAAAGCGGGUCCGAGGGGCCCGCCUGGGGAACCGGGGCUACCUGGACCGCCCGGGGAGAGAGGAGACCCAGGCCGACCUGGAUUACCGGGACAACCGGGACCGAAUGUGGCCACAGGUGCCAUCAGCGCGGCCACCUACAGCACCGUACCUAAAAUAGCUUUUUACGCAGGGCUCAAAAAGCAACACGAGGGCUACGAGCUGCUGAAGUUUGAUGAUGUGGUCACGAAUCUCGGGAAUCAUUACGACCCCGCGACGGGGAAAUUUACCUGCUCCAUACCGGGAAUUUACUUCUUUACUUACCAUGUGCUCAUGCGAGGAGGAGACGGAACCAGCAUGUGGGCUGAUUUGUGUAAGAACAACCAGGUCCGUGCAAGCGCCAUCGCCCAAGAUGCGGAUCAGAACUAUGACUACGCCAGCAACAGUGCCGUUCUUCACCUGGAGCCGGGAGAUGAAAUCUACAUAAAACUAGAUGGGGGCAAAGCCCACGGGGGCAACAACAACAAGUACAGCACCUUCUCUGGUUUUAUCAUAUACGCCGAUUAGGACACAUGCACCAACUCCUCGACUCUACAGAACGGUCUCUCCUUCUCAUUCGCUAUUCCUCCUCUUUUAUUUAUUUUUUUUCUUCAUAUUUUUCCUUUGGGCCCGGGGCAAAUAGACAGACCUGCUCAAACCCCCUCAUCAUUAGUAUAUAGGUGUGGGUGUGAUGGCAGAACGCAUUGCCCUGCAAUCGAAAAAUCAAUAAUGAACCAAAUACAGCCCAGGAACAAGCACUUCAUCACAAAGAGGAAAGAUUUACACUUGAACAUACGUAAGGAAGAAUCCACAAAGAAGAAUCUAAUGGAGUUACCGGAGUUUUGUGUGUCUUUCUAUGUCUGUGGCUAUCAAAGAAGCCUGUGAGAUAUUUUAUGAUGUGUAAUCUGACAUAAUCAACUAAAUGUGCAUUAAAGUAUAAUGCGAUACUCGUUAUUCAUUCUUACCGUUCGUUAUAAUCAGGCCAUCUCAUUAAUACUUCGCAAAUCAGAUGCUUAAAUGAGUUUCAAGUUGCUUAAAGUUCCUAAUUUGCAUAUCACAGAGCAUUUGCGCAAAUUAUGUCAACGUCAUAAUCAGAUAUCAAAUGUAACCUGACCAAAAUGAACCUCUUGUGUUUCUAAUGCAAAUAGAAAGUGGGGUCCAAAAGUCUAAAAUCACAUACAAAAUCUGGCCUUCAAAACCUAAGAAAUAUUUAAGAUGGUCCAGUAUUGCACUAAUACUCCAUUAAACAAAAUAGCUGCAAAGCUAAGCUUGAGACCAAAUUGAAA